GUCAUGUGCUUUUUUUACUGAGGAGUGGCUUCCAUCUAGCCACUCUAGCACAAAGGUCUGAUUGGUGGAGUGCUGCAGAGAGGGUUGUCUUUCUGGAAGUUUCUGCCAUUUCCACAGAGGAACUCUGGAGCUCUGUCAGAGUGACCAUCAGGUUCUUGGUCACCUCCCUGACCAAGGCACUUCUCCCACGAUUGCUCAGUUUGGCCGGGCGGUCAGCUCUAAGAAGAGUUUUGGUGGUUCCAAACUUCUUCCAUUUAAGAAUGAUUUUUGGUUCUCCAGAUCUGUGCCUCGACACAAUCCUGUCUCGGAGCUCUACUGACAAUUCCUUCACCCCCAUGGCUUGGUUUUUUGUUCUGACAUGCACUGUCAACUGUGAGACCUUAUAUAGACAGGUGUGUGCCUUUCCAAAUCAUGUCAUAUCAAUUGAAUUUACAACAGGUGGACUCCAAUCAAGUUGUGGAAACAUCUCAGGAAUAUCAAUGGAAACAGGAUGCACCUGAGCUCAAUUUCGAGUCUCAUUGCAAAGGGUCUGAAUAGUUAUCUAAAUGAGGUAUUUCAGUUGUUUUUUUUAAAUACAUUUUCACAAAUGUCUAAAAACCUGUUUUCAGUUUUCGUUAUCGGCUAUUGUGUGUCGAUGGCUGAGGAUAAAAAAAUAUAUAUAUUCUAGAAUAAGGCUGUAACAUAACAACAUUUGGAAAAAGUCAAGGGGCCUGAAUACAUUCCGAAGGCAAUCACCCUCAAGAUGAACCAUAAAAUAAGCCCUUGCAUGGUUACAAUGGGCAAGUUUAAAGGGAUCCACCCAUGUCUCACUGCAGUCACACAAUCAGGGAAUGUAAGGCCUCGCCCAGUUCCCUUUGGUAGUUCCCAUUGACAUAUAUGCAUGAAGCUUGAUGCAUCGUAAUAUAGCACUCCAGCUCAAGUAAUUCAAUCUUCUCUCUUCUCAGGUGUUCAUCCAUAACCCUCACAUGCGUGGCCAGUGGCAGGCAGCCUACCGUCUGAGCCAGAGUGCCCAGGACUCAGACAUCUCUUUGCUCAACAUCAACCAGGCAUUGAGCUGCUUGACAGCUGGUACUCGACGACCCAACACCACUGGAGACACGCUCCUCGUGGGCACCCAGACAAACCUGGCCUAUGAUGUACACAAAAUUGCUGACAUCUUCAACAGAGAGGUGACAGAUGGGGACAAUGCCAUCGCUUUAGGGAAAUUGGCGAACAUUGAGUACCCCCUCACCAUCAUCGGAGGAAACUGUGCCCUACAAGGAUUUGACUGUGAGGGGAACGACCAGUUCUGGACAGUAUGGAUUGUGUUCCUCUUUAUCAUAUGAACUGUUGUCUAACAUUGAAAUAGAAAUAGUUUUACCACAAUUGAGGAAAUUAUUUGUUUGUUUGUCUGGGUUCCUUUUCAGGACACGGGGGAUAAUGUCCGGUCAUUGGUUAUCUGUGCUUUUACUGGUAAUU